CACUAAACACUUGAAAACUAGCCACUCAUUCAAAAUUUCCAUACACAAGCCACACCACUACAGAAUAAACUAAUGCUAUUUUAGCCUAUGUACUGUUGCUACACUGGCUAUAAUUCUAAUACUCUUCAACAAAUAUUAAGCAUGUCUAUUAUAGAGAAGGAAACAAUUAUAUACUUUGUUGCAUAAUUAAUAUUUUAGAAACUGUUAGUCUGCUACUACAGCAAGAAAAUGGUGCAAGGAAAUAUUGCUGAAGUGGACCAUACUGUCCAUAGCUCCUCUCCUUCACUGGCUAUGUCAUCAUCUCCUGCAGAUCCAUUAGCUCAUCUGAAGGCCUUUAUUAAUGAGCGCAACACCCUACACAGCCAUGGAGAAACUGAAAAUGAGCUGCCAGCAACCCCACACCAUCAACUUGACUACCUCACUGGCUACCAAAACCUCAGAGAGAAGAUCAGUGCCAGAAUUGAAUCCAGGGAUAAAUUCUUCUCGCUGGAAUUUUUCCCUCCGAGAACUAAGGGUGGUGCUGUCAAUUUGCUUGCAAGAUUUGACCGUUUGAAGGAAGGAGACCCACUUUUCUGUGAUGUGACGUGGCACCCUGCAGGCAAUCCUGGUGGUGACACAGAGACAUCCUCCCUCACUAUUGCAGGAGCGGCUCUGAACUACUGCGGUCUGGAGACGAUGCUGCACAUGACGUGCUGCUACAUGACCAAGGCAGAGAUCACUCGCCACCUCAGCAGAGCCAAGGAUCUCGGCCUGCGCAACAUUUUAGCUCUCAGAGGAGACCCUCCACACGGUGCAGACAACUGGUCACCACCCUCGGAUGGGUUCACGUAUGGCAGCGACCUGGUCGAAUACAUCCAUGCUCAGUUCGGGGACUACUUUGUUGUUGGGGUGGCAGGCUACCCUACUGGUCACCCUGACGCUACCUCGUACGAAGACGACAUCAGACACCUCAAGGAGAAGGUGGAUAAAGGGGCCGACUUUAUUAUCACUCAGUUGUUCUUCAAAGCUGAGACGUUCAUCAAGUUCGAGAAGGACUGCAGAGCUGCAGGCAUCACGUGUCCUAUAAUCCCCGGAAUCAUGCCGAUCCAGUCGUACGAUUCGUUACGACACAUCGUGAAGUUGAGCAGACUGGACGUGCCAAAGGAGAUCAUGGAAGUGGUUGCGCCCCUGAAAGACAACGAUGAAGCCAUCAGGAAUUUCGGCAUUCAUCACGCCUCUACACUCAUAAAAGAGCUUUUUGACAAAGGGAUAGCGCCUGGGGUUCAUUUCUACACACUCAACAGAGAAGUGGCAACCACUGCCAUCCUGAAGAAACUUGGCCUGUGGGCAGGGGCUCCUCGGCGGCCGUUACCCUGGAAGAUGGCGGCCAAUUACAAGCGCUGCUGUGAAGACGUCAGGCCCAUAUUCUGGGCCACCAGACCAAAGGCUUACGUCUACAGAACACAGCACUGGGAUGACUUCCCCAACGGGAGGUGGGGCAGCUCUGAGUCUCCUGCGUUUGGAGAGCUCAAGGAUUACUACCUCUUCUACCUGAAGUCAAAGAGCAGUCGCGACGAGCUGCUGUCGAUGUGGGGGGAGAGCAUCAGUUCAGAGGAGGACGUGUGGCGCGUCUUCCACGCGUACAUCACCGGCACCCCCGCCUGGGAGGGAGCUAAAGUCGUCACCAAGGUUCCCUGGAACGACGACGAACUGAGCGCUGAGACCUGCCAGCUGCGCGACAAGCUCGCGCACUUCAACUUGCGUGGCGUUCUCUCCAUCAACUCACAGCCGAACGUGAACGGCGCGAGCAGCACGGACCCGGUGGUGGGGUGGGGUAUGCCAGGAGGUUACGUCUACCAGAAAGCCUACCUCGAGUUCUUCACGAGCAGAGAAAAUGCCGCGGCGCUCAAGCAGGUCCUGCCUCUGUUCCCCAGGGUCAACUACCACAUCCUCAACAGAGACGGCAGCGAAGACACGACCAACUGUCAUCGCCACCGGCCCCUGGCGGUCACCUGGGGAGUCUUCCCGGGCACUGAGAUCAUCCAGCCCACCGUCGUCGACUCCGUCAGCUUCAAGGCGUGGAAGGAUGAAGCUUUUACGCUAUGGGAGGUUCAGUGGGGCAAGCUGUACGACGAGAAGAGCGAGUCUCGCGCCGUAAUCUCGCAUAUUGCGAACAACUAUUGUCUCGUGAAUCUCGUCGACAACAAUUACCCUGAGCAGUCUUGUCUAUGGGACGUCCUGGAAGCCAUGUUCACAUGGAAGGAACUUGAUGCCAAGAAGGAUUCAAACGACGAUAGUUGUUCUGUGGCAAGAGGUAGCAGUUGUUCAUCGGAAGAGGUGCUUGUGAAGAGGAUGAGUAAAGCUCAGAUUGUGCCAAUGAUAGAAAGCCCAGAUUGUGCCAAUGAUAUGCAGGUUCCUUGUACGAACGAACUGCGCUGAGCGAGGUUUUAGUUUCAGGGUUUUGUCAAUGUAUAAAUCACAUUUCAUUGACUAACUCAAGUCGGAGAUUUCAAUGUAGUCCAAUUGAAAGCUUUGAUAGUUAAUGCUUCCAUAGGGAGUUUGAAAACGCUCAAAAUUCACUAAUAGACAACUGCACUGCAACCCAAGGUGAACUAAGGUAAGUUUUAUAGCAUUUUAUUACGGUAUUUAUAUUUAAUUUAGUUUGUGAAUUACACUGUCUUCAUUUAUGCACUGUCCGAUUAGUAAAUGUUGUUAUAUUAUAUCUUCCAGGACGCAUUAACAUUGUUUUAGCUUGUAACGACUUCCAUUUUGUACGAAAUGAAGUUCAACGAAGAGAAUCGUCAUCAAAUGGUUUGAAGUAGCCUCUCAUGUCAUUUGUCAAUUUUUUUUAUUAGACUUUUUGCAAAUUUUUUCAAAUGUCGAAGUCCAGAUGACGACAGAAAUACUUUCAACUUGCAUGAACUUUUAUGUGAGGAACUUUUAUAGCUUCAAGCUCGUGGCAAAGAAGAGGGUAACUUUCUGCUGCGAAUUUAUAUUCGAGUAUAAAUAUUAGGUCACGCUCUUAAUUAACGCCUCUUAACAAAGAGGCGUUAAAGAUACAUAGAACAGAUUUUACUAGUAAGAAAAAGAAUUUCAUCGCAAUAUUUUCAAGUCGCAUGUUACGGGAAGGUUGAGGUUCGAUUAGUGGUUUGAUUAAUAGAAUUAAGCAACAGCUUCACAUGGUGAAUAAAAAUUACUAUAGUCUUGUCGGAGCUGGCUUGUUGAAGCAUUGAAUGUUGAUUAAGCAUUGAACUCCGUGAUUUAUUACUUGGUCUAGUCUAUUUGUUGAUCCAAUUACUGCAAAAAUUGCGGAAGAAAUGAUGUUUACCCGAUUUAUGUUUAUCUCGCUUUGAAGUGAUGGCUGCAACGUUUUCAGUUCUAUCGAGACUUGGCGCACGCUGCUAUAAUAAUUAAUAUUGUGAAGUCUACGUUUUUUUAAUUCUCUCUUGUCUACCUACUAGCAAUUCGUAGUUGUUCAUUUAUAUUAUAUAAGUUUUCUCGUGAUAGAUGCUGGCUUUUUUUAUUCAAUAUUACAUUAUUAUGAAUUAUUUACAAAUGCAUUAUUUUUCCGUGCUAAAUGCACAAUUAUAUUUUAGUCGCUAAUUGUUUUGCUUAAUCGCAGCUUAAGAAGGAAAGGAUAAAAGAAGGAAAAAAUAAAGCGCGUUCUUCCAUUCAACAUAUCAAAUUUCAUAAUGAUCACGUACAAAACAAAAACUCAAUACUCUCAUCCUAUUAUUCGUACAUUAAUGUUGAAAAAGAAACUACGAAGAACUGAUGGGUAAUUGACGAUUACUUUGAAACGUUCGCGGGAAUUUUCAACAUUUUUUCUCUGCGUGAUGGAAUGAUGUAUGAAGCUAUUUUCGGUUUUCUAUUACGCACAUUUCAACCUAUGGUAUUAUAGCUAUUUAAGGGUACUUUGUUAAAUUGUGUGCUCUGGUUGCUAUGACGUUACGAAUCAUAAUUCAAAUAAUCCUUAGUUGCUAUUAUCACAAAUAUUUGAAAGAGGUUGGAAUGUACUCUGAGUUCAGAUUCUACCGUUUUUUCCCAGUUGAGCUUUCGUACAAAA